AUGCCUGGUCCCGGCCAUUCACAUUCCGACCUCCCGCUCUCGGACACUUUGUCCGCCCGAUCCUACCUCGAGCUUGGCCGCGACGAGCUCCAGGCCCACGUCCAGUCCCAAUCCCACCCCGCAGAAUAUACGAGCACCUCCAAUCCAUCUGUGUCGGCCCUGUCGGGGGGUCUGAUCGACGCUCCAAGCAAGUCAGGUCCGCACCUGCGUCCGCGUCCGCGUCCGCGCCCGCGCGAACCACGACCAAUCCACAAUGACCCGAAGACGACCGAAUUAUUAGCAGCCCCAGGCAUCGAAGACCCGCUCGAUCGACCAGCACGAAAAAGAGGCCGACCAAGACUUGAGACUGCAAAAGAUGCCGCUGCAAUCGAAGAACGCCGCUUGCAAAUCAGGCGUGCUCAGCGCACAUACCGCCAGAAGAAGGAGGCGACCAUUCAAACUCUCAAGACCCGCGUGGACCAACUCGAACAGACCCUCCAGAAUGUGUCAGAUCUUCUAACGGCUGACGACCCGGAAGUAUUCACCCGUCUCACUGGAUCUAGUGACCUCUCCCGUGCUCGGCAAUUGGUGCUAGCGGAGAUUAGCAAGGCUCGAGAGCUGCCAGAGGAUGUUGGCGAUCCAGUGGGGCAGAGUGCAGAGUCACUGCGUGAUAUCUUUGGGUACGAAGUUUCGCAUGGUCGGAGAAACAUCAACAAUGAUGAUCGAAAGUCAUUGGCUUUCAAUCAUGGCCAAUCCCAGAGGAAACAGUCCAUUUACCCGCAUCCACGAUCUCCAUCGCCAUUGCUUAACCGCCUCUUCCCAUCCACGACCAUCUACACCUACAGCUACCAAGAAUCUUGUCUAUCCAGACGCCUGCAGCGGUUCUGUUUAGAGCAUACAUACCGAUGGCUGUCAGAUCCAAACUCGGAGCCCCCGCUCAUGAGUCGUGUCUUCGGACUGUUCCCCUGCAUCCAAGAUAUGCCCGGAGUACGACGCAGUUCCCGGCGCGUGCUGCAAUCUGAGAUCGGUGGACCGCUGGAAAUAACAAAAGUACCUUUCUAUACGCUCGGUGGCGCAGGCACCCAUUAUCCGCGCGCUAAUGAAGACGGAGAACCCGUGUACCCGGUGCACGCUCGACGGCCGGGGAAGAUCCUGCGGCGGUUGGCACGGAUUCUGCGGCGGGGCGGGAUCUCCGACUGGGACGAGGAUUGGAGUGGUGACUUGGAGCCGGAUAUUGGUGAUCAGCAGGGCGAGAGGAUCAGGUCUCUGAGUGAGGAGGAGCGCCUGCGCCUCUUGGACUUAGAUGGGGAUUGGUUCGAUUGCAACGAUGUCCAGGGGUAUCUGGAGUAUCGAGGGUUUGUAAUGGAGGGCUCGUCGAUGUGGUUGGAAGUCCCAGCUGCGACUGUUGGAGUUUUGUAUGGCUUUUCCCCGGACAGCGGUUCAGACUACUGCGCAUCGCAGUUGUAUGUCUCCCCCGGCGAGAUUUCCAACAGUGACGUGAGCGGGUCGCAGGAUUUGGGGCUGUCGACGUAUAGGUAUACCCUGAACGUCGAAUGCUUCUUCGACUUGCUACUAUCCAACCUCAGGAUGCUCGGUCGAGCCCCUGGCUUCCGCCUCUGGGACGUGGACGCUGCACUCCGCUCAGCAAUCCACCGACGAUCCUUCUGA